AUGGCUCGUCUCCCUUCACAGCAAGGCCGUCAGGUCCAUGCGACCUCGACGUCGUAUGUGAAUCAUGCCACUCCAGUAGAGGCCAACUUUGAUACAGCCAACCCUCCUUACAUCCGCAAGUACCUCCGCACGUACGGUCUAACUCCCCCGCGCGCCGAAUCCUACGAGGUUCAGAAAACAAGAUGUCUGGCACAAUUGGCCUUGAAGCAAACCCCCAUUGACAAGUUUCUCUAUCUGAGCACUCUUCGCAAGAACAAUGUGCAUCUGUUCUAUCGUCUAGUGACGGAUCAUCUGAGGGAGCUUACCCCUCUGAUCUAUACCCCGGUCGUCGGUGAAGCUUGCCAGAGAUGGUCCGAGAUCUACCAGCAACCGGAAGGUAUGUACCUAAGCUGGGAAGAUCGCGGCAAUCUUGCUGCUGUCAUUGCCAAUUGGCCCCAGCCCCAUGUGGAGAUCACAUGCAUCACCGAUGGCUCCCGAAUUCUCGGCCUCGGCGACCUUGGCAUCAAUGGGAUGGGUAUUCCCAUUGGCAAGUUGGCGCUCUACACUGCAUGUGCAGGUAUUCGCCCCGAGGCCACCCUUCCUUUGACUUUGGAUCUGGGAACAAGCAACAAGACUCUCCGGGAAGACCCGUUGUACAUGGGUAGCCGCCGUGACAAGAUUACUCCGGAAGAGGAGCGGGAGUUCAUGGAUGAGUUGAUGGCCGCUCUUACGGAACGUUGGCCUGGCAUUGUCAUUCAGUUCGAAGACUUCAAGAACCCCUUCCCUGCCUUGGAGCGCUACCGUGAUAUUUACACGUGCUUCAACGAUGAUAUCCAGGGCACGGGAGCCGUCAUCCUGGGUGGAGUCAUCAACGCCGUGAAACGCUCGGGUCUUCCUUGCAAGGAUCACCGUGCUGUCUUCUUCGGUGCGGGAAGUGCCGGUGUCGGUGUUGCUAAACAGAUUGUUGCUUUCUUUAUGCGUGAGGGCAUGACUGAGGAAGAGGCCCGGUCCUGCUUCUACCUGGUCGAUACCAAGGGUCUCGUCACCUCUGACCGUGGCGACAAGCUCGCCGACCACAAGGUCUACUUCGCCCGGGAGGACAAUGGUGGUCAACAGUACAAGACCCUGGAGGAUGUUGUCGACUAUGUGAAGCCAACCAUUCUCAUGGGUCUGUCUACCAUUGGUGGCGUCUUCACUCCAGAGAUCCUGCGCAAGAUGGCCGACUGGAACACCGCUCCUAUCAUUUUCCCUCUUUCCAACCCCUCCUCCAAGUCGGAGUGUGACUUCGAGACCGCUAUCACUAACACUGAUGGUCGGGCUCUCUUUGCCUCUGGCUCUCCCUUCCAGCCCGUCUCAUUCACUAACUCCGCUGGAGAGACCCGCACCUACUAUCCCGGCCAAGGCAACAACAUGUAUGUCUUCCCCGGUAUCGGUCUGGGUACGAUCCUCUCCAAGGCAGUCAAGAUCACCGACAGCAUGAUCUAUGCCUCUGGUGCAGCCCUCUCGCAGGCCCUGACUGCGGAGGAGAUUGAUCGCGGUCUCCUCUAUCCCGACUUGACCCGGAUCCGCCAGGUCAGCGUUGUGGUGACGCGCAAGGUCAUCCGUGCCGCACAGGAAGACAAGGUUGAUCGUGAGACCGCCUUACGCUCCAUGAAUGAUGACGCGCUUGAUGCCUGGAUCAAGGCCCGCAUGUAUGACGCUCACAGCGAAGUUCUGGCCUUGGAGAGGGAAGUUGGUGCCCUCCUGCACAACCUGAACCCAUCCUCGCUCCUGAACGGGCUGUCGAAUGACGAGAAUGCCAAGCUGUAA